AUGCACCACCUCCUGGAGCCGUCCGCGGACAUGGCGACGGCGCUGCUGGCGGGCGAGAAGCUGCGCGAGCUCAUCCUGCCCGGCGCGCAGGACGACAAGGCGGGCGCGCUGGCCGCGCUGCUGCUGCAGCUGAAACUCGAGCUGCCGUUCGACCGCGUGGUCACCAUCGGCACCGUGCUGGUCCCCAUCCUGCUGGUCACCCUGGUCUUCACCAAGAACUUCGCAGAGGAGCCCAUUUACUGUUACACCCCGCACAACUUCACCCGCGACCAGGCGCUGUACGCCCGUGGCUACUGCUGGACGGAGCUGCGGGACGCGCUGCCCGGCGUGGACGCCAGCCUGUGGCCAUCGCUGUUCGAGCACAAGCUGCUGCCCUACUCGCUGCUGGCCUUCGCGGCCAUCAUGUACGUGCCGGCGCUGGGCUGGGAGUUCCUGGCCUCCACGCGCCUCACCUCCGAGCUCAACUUCCUGCUGCAGGAGAUUGACAACUGCUACCACCGGGCGGCCGAGGGCCGCGCGCCCAAGAUCGAGAAGCAGAUCCAGUCCAAGGGCCCGGGCAUCACGGAGCGCGAGCGGCGCGAGAUCAUCGAGAACGCCGAGAAGGAGAAGAGCCCCGAGCAGAACCUGUUCGAGAAGUACCUGGAGCGCCGGGGCCGCAGCAACUUCCUGGCCAAGCUGUACCUGGCCCGGCACCUGCUCAUCCUGCUGCUCAGCGUGGCGCCCAUCUCCUACCUGUGCACCUACUACGCCACGCAGAAGCAGAACGAGUUCACCUGCGCGCUGGGCGAGACCCCCGCGGGCGCGGGCGCCGCCGUGCGGGUCAGCUGCAAGCUCCCGGCCGUGCAGCUGCAGCGCAUCGUGGCCGGCGUGGACAUCGUCCUGCUCUGCUCCAUGAACCUCAUCAUCCUGGUCAACCUCAUCCACCUCUUCAUCUUCCGCAAGAGCAACUUCAUCUUCGACAAGCUGCACAAGGUGGGCAUCAAGACGCGCCGCCAGUGGCGCCGCUCGCAGUUCUGCGACAUCAACAUCCUCGCCAUGUUCUGCAACGAGAACCGGGACCACAUCAAGUCGCUCAACCGCCUGGACUUCAUCACCAACGAGAGCGACCUCAUGUACGACAACGUGGUGCGGCAGCUGCUGGCCGCGCUGGCGCAGUCCAACCACGACGCCACGCCCACGGUGCGCGACGCGGGCGUGCAGACGCUGGACCCCAGCGCCAACCCCGCCGAGCCCGACGGCGCCGCCGAGCCGCCCGUGGUCAAGCGGCCGCGCAGGAAGAUGAAGUGGAUCCCCAGCAGCAACCCGCUGCCGCAGCCCUUCCGGGAGCAGCUGGCCGUGAUGCGCGUGGAGGGCGGCAAGGCCGACAAGCCCAAGCCCGUGCGCCGCAAGACGGCCACCGACACGCUCAUCGCGCCGCUGCUGGACGCGGGCGCCCGCGCCGCGCACCACUACAAGGGCGGCCACGGCGACGCGGGCCCCGCGCCCGGGCCGGCCCCGGCCGACAAGAAGCACGCGCGCCACUUCUCCCUGGACGUGCACCCCUACAUCCUGGGCUCCAAGAAGGCCAAGGCCGAGGCCGCGCCCGCCGCCGCCCUGCCCGCCUCGCGCAGCCAGGAGGGCGGCUUCCUGUCCCAGGAGGAGUGUGGGCUGGGCCUGCCCGUCGCCCCCACCAAAGAGGCUCCGCUCCCCGAGAAGGAGAUCCUGUACCCCGCAGAGCCGGCCCACGCCGCACUGCCCCCCGCGGGCCCGUUCCACGUGCGCUCUCCCCCCGCCGCGCCCACCACGGCCCCCCUGUCGCCGACCAGCCUGGGCAAGGCCGACCCCCUGGCCCUCCUGAGCCGGAACGCCACGCACCCCCUGCUGCACAUCAGCACGCUGUACGAGGCGCGGGAGGAGGAGAGCGGGGCGCCGCGGGCGCCCCCGGACGUGGGCAGCCUCAUCGCCAUCCCCCCGCCGCAGCAGAUCCUCAUCGCCACCUUCGACGAGCCCCGGACAGUAGUGAGUACCGUGGAGUUCUGAGGGCCGGCGCCGGCCAG